AUGGAGGGAAGCAUCACUUCUAGUAGUAGUACUACUUCAAUUGGAUUACCAGUGGUUGUUGAAUCUAUUAUUUCAACGACAUGCCUUUUUUCAUCAAUAUUUAUUUACUUUUUUGAACAAGCAAAUGUUUAUUGUAGAGCCUUAGCACUUCAAAAUGUCUUUGUUUUUUAUAUUCUCUUUACUAUAUUUAUAUUAAUUCUUACUUCAACUCUUACUUGGGGAGGAAUUUGGGAAUUUAUCAUGUUUGCUUAUUUGAUUCUUUGCCUUAUUAUUAAGUUAGUUAUGAUAGCUUCAGCAAUAAUCUUCUCUAAAUCCGAAAAAUUCCUUGGUAUUCCACCAAUAUCUACUUUUAUUUUAAACAAAGCAAGUGCUAUCUAA